AUGAGCGAUAUCACCAAGACGCGGAUUGCCUGCAAUCUCUGCCGCCGUCAGAAGAUCCGCUGCGAUAAGGCCCAGCCUGCAUGUGAAAACUGCCGUGACGCUGGCGUCGAGUGCGUUUUCACUCCACUUCCACGUCGGAAAAAGGCUCGCGAGCUACCAGGAGGGGAGACGCGAAGUAUCAAUCUUGCUUUACCACAGUGGCCAACUCGCUACGUAGUCGAGCAAGUAAUUGGCCACUUCACCAACAGUCAGCUGUACACCAUUUUCCCUAUAGUCAACAUUGAGAGCUUGACGUCUCUUCUCAACGCCAAUUCUCUUGAUCCUGGCGUGGGAAUGAUGAACCCAGCGGAUAGGGCAUGUCUAGUAGCGUUCACGGCAUUUAUCACUCAUAUUGAGCACCACGAACUUGCUUUCUUACACGCUAACUCCGAUUCCUAUCUGCAAGCCGCACUCUCUUUAGUUCCACAACUGAUCAUGGAACACACCAAUACUCGUGCCCUAGAGGCUCUUCUCAUCAUGGCACUCUAUAUCGCUCCUCUCGGCCAGCCACAGACAGCCCAGCUUCUUCUCUCCAUGGCGAUACGGAUCCUCUACAAUCUAGGGGGCCAUACCAUCCAAGGCCCGCUCGACUCCUUAUCUCCCAGUGUCAGGCGUCAUCAUGAGCAUUUAAGACACUUAUUCUGGAUGUGCUAUUCAAUAGACACGGAAAUGUCUCUUCGAAAAUGCCAAGCCCCUCUCAUCAACGACGCUGACUGCAAUCUCGAACUCCCUGCAGCAUACAGAUCUACGCCAUCUCCGCGACCACCCUUCACAGAUCCCCAGCAGAGUUUCCCUGAGGUUGUCUUCAACUCAGAUCUCCGGAUGGUAAUGUUCAAAUCAAAAGUUUACCGGCAGCUUUACUCUCGACCCAGCUUGGAAGCCUCCGUGGCCACACGGCUUCGUCUUAUCCGAGAACUAGACCACGAGCUUCAUGAACUCAAGGCUCUACUUCCUCAUUCCCACCCGGAAACUCCUUCCGAGACAAGCUCCGGCCUCUCAGAUACCGGUCUCUCAGAUGCUUCUGCUCGCGGUCACAAUAUUCGAUCGGUUAUGGUCAACUUGGAAUAUUACCACUGCUUGACCAAGAUCCACGGUGCCAGUCUUGUCGGUCACGACGUAACCGAGGAAUCAUCCGCUCCUUCAAGUCUGGAGUUAUGUUACCAGGCUGCUCGUUCAACUCUUUUAUAUCUGAGUCGGAUGCCAGAGCUUAUCAGUGAAGAAACCUUCUGGAUAUCCGCCCAAUUCCUCCUAACAGCCGUACUGGCUCUGCACUACCGCCUUAUCACACGCCGCCAUGAUACUUCCCAUCCUCCACAUGAAGACCUAUCUAUUUUGAGAAACAUGCUGGAUGUCUUCGUCCAGCUGAAGAACAACAACAUUGCCUCCUCCCCACGUCCCUUUGAACCAUUCAUAAUCACGGAAGCUUUUAUUCGCUACCUGAUUAACCUUUCAUGUUCGCCAUAA